AUGCCGGUCUAUUAUCGUGGUGGUUAUGGUUAUCGCGGAGGCUAUGGUUACCGUGGUGGUUAUUAUGGUCCACAUUACCAUUAUCGUCCAUACUACUAUCAUCGACCAGCUGUCGUUGUGGCACCGUAUCCACAUUAUGCUUGGUAUCAUCCCUACUACUCGGUCGGUGGAGACUUUCCAAUGUAUGGUAUCUACAUAAUCACUUCCGUGUUCCUUAUCAUCUGCAUCCUCAUCGUCGUCAUCGUAUGUGUUGGUGGAUGUCGUUCCAGACCCGACCCAAUUGUUGAACCAGUGGUCGCGUACGAUCCAUAUGACCCAUAUUACGUUGAUCCCUACUAUGCCGAUCCGUACUAUCAGGAGCCUUACUACUAUGACAACUACGCUUACCCGGCAGACUACGCAUAUCCAGUUGCUGGAGGUGCAGCUCCACCACAAAGACCACAGCCAAGCGGAGUUCCUCCAGCUAACAAUGACCAACCGGGACCCGCUAGUGUUCAAGCUCCUCGUAAGAAGCAACCUCAACAAUCAAAAACUUCCAAGAAGUCCAAAGAAUCGACAAAAAGUAAAUAA